AGCAGCAGCACCAAACCGCGCAUUACGGUGAACAGUUUACAGCGAUCGGCCCGUAGAAUCACGUCGUCGUCGUCCUAGUAGUCGUCGUCGUCGCCGCCGCCGCCGCCUGUCGUUGUCGCGUUCUAUUUCGAGACGGUUAUCGCGGUUCGAUCGUUUUCACAACGCCGUAAUAUUAAUAAUAUUUAUUUUCGGUUUUUUUUUUUUUAUCAUCUUAUCGAGUACGCGAGAAAAUAAUAAAAAUAUCAAAACGAUUUGACUGACACGCAACGACAAUUCCGUGUCGUCGCCGCCGCCGCCGCCACCCACUCGACUGCGUACGACGCGACGCGUCCUUUGCCCUUUUCACACCGGCGCCACACGACCCGUUUGUUUACGACACAAUCAAAACCGCAGACGGCCCGAGACAGCUCCCGUUCGCCCGCCGCCGCGUCGUCAGCCGAUGUCAACUGCAGCACGGCGCUGUAGUCACGACGCCGCCGUGGUCGGCAGCCGACGUCGCCGCCGCCGAAUCUGUUCCGCGCUGCCGCUGUCCGCCGCCGGUUCGCACACGACUACUGGUUGUAGUGGCCACCACCACCGCCGCCGCCGCUGUCGUUCCGACUGAACAUCUGACCGACGACUGCAAACUGUACGGGGUGUCAUCGACAUCUUAUGUGGCCAAAUAGCCUGUCAUCUGGAUGCAGCCAGGAGAGCGGCGGGGAGUUGGGCGGUUUCCCUGCUACUGCCGCGGCCGCAGCGUUCGCCGCCGCGGGUGGCUCGGGCGGCGCGCCGCCGUCACUAGGCUCAUCCAUGCAGGCCGCCGCCGCUGCGUACCACCUGAAGACUUCUGCGGCGUCUUCGCCGUACGCCAGCGUCAACAGCAUCGGGCUGAUGGACACGCUGCAGACCAGCAUGGGCUGUUACCCGACAGCAGCUGGUCAGAACUAUCACCACCAUCAUUCCACUACGUUGUCCCUGUUCAAUCACCGUACACAACAAAAUUACAGCACAAAACUUGUGGACUGUGUUGGAAACCCAAGAAAGCAACGACGUGAACGAACCACAUUCACCCGGACGCAGUUGGACGUGCUGGAAACAUUGUUCGCCAAAACUCGAUAUCCGGACAUAUUCAUGCGUGAAGAGGUGGCCCUGAAGAUCAACUUGCCCGAAUCAAGAGUACAGGUGUGGUUCAAGAACCGGAGGGCCAAGUGCCGGCAACAGGUGAAACAGAACCAGCAGCAGCACCACAACGGCACGGGAACGGACAAGACUGCGUCGUCUAGAAACAACUCGACCGGCAACAACGGGCCGAAAUCGUCGGGGAAAUCGUCGGGUGGCGGUGGAAACGCACCGGUCAACAACAACAACAAAAUGUCGCCGACAAUAAACGGCGGCGUGGGCGGUGGUGGCGUGGGCGGCGGCGGCGUGACGAGUUCGACGGCCGGCAACUCGCCCGUGUCCACCGGCACCUCGCUGUCGUCCAGCCGGCAGUCGCCGCCCGGCGGCGGUUCGUCGUACAUUAAGCCGAUACUGAGCGGCACGCCGCCCAUACAACCGCCGCCUUCCGUGUACCACCCGAGUUCCGGCGGUGGAGGUAACACGCCAGGAUCGAUAUGGAGCCCCGCCAUCACGGAGCCACCAUCGGGACUGGUGGAUUUGCACCAUCACAGCACCAGAUCGUCUCCAGUAGGCUCCAGCGGAGGCUACUCGACCAACGGCAGUACUGGUGGCAAUUGCUAUUCGUCUCAUCAUCACCAUCACCAACCGCAUCAUCACCAUCCGCACCACCAUCACGCGGCGGCGCAUCAUCACCAGAACUACGGCGGUUACUACUCGAACAUGGACUAUCUGGCGCCACCGCCGACAAUGUCGUCGCAUCAAACAGCCGAGAAUGGUUCGGAGUCGGCUUGGGUGAAGCGCGAGGACGCGUCGUCGUGGUUUUAUAACUCGGCGGGCUGGGAGCGCAAGUAAACAACUGAAACCAGGGCCGGAGUCGUCGCACGCCGCCACUUAUGUCUUUCCGCGACGUGGCUGCCGUCAGUCGUGGGUGGAGAUGUACCUUUUAACGCGGUGGCCUAUACAUAUGUAUAUAUAAUAAUUUCUUGUAAAUACAUUAUCAUAUUCGCGCCGAUGCCGAAGACGACGCUGGCCAACACGCAACAGCUGCCGGAAAACCACACACAAAUAUACAUGAAUACUAAUUAUGCCAACACAUCAUAUUAUUUCGACUCGCCGCGCGCGCACGUCAGACGUCUGUAGAAUAUUAUGAUAUAGUAUAUAAUAAUAUUUUAUUCGAUGUGUCCGCACCGCCGUGCGUGCGUUUACUGCAUAGGUCCGCAGAUCCAUAUAUUGACGAUCUGCAGAAGUAAAAUCAAACGAAAUGACGACGAGAACAACUCUGAUUCAGUAUAUUAUAUAUUAAUUAUUAAUAUGUUAUCAUAUAGUAUGUGUGUGUAACCGGUAACGCGUAUAAUAUGACGUGUAAUCAUUGACGUAUAGCGCAGUGAAACCUCUCUCGCAUUAAAUUAAUAAAAUGGUUUUAAUUUUUUCAACCGUGAAUAAACGCAUAUAUAGAUAAAAAUAUUGUAACGUUUUGGGAAACGAUUUCCAAGUACGCGUCUGCCUCCAAAGAACAGUUUAAAAUUGCUAAUUUAAGACUGUAUAUUAUAUUAAAAAUGUUUUGACACACACACAUAUAUAGAUUUCGUGUAUACGUUAACUCAUUCAGGGAUUGAGUGUACAGAGAAGUCCAUUACUUUUUUAUUUUUUCAGAGGUUUCACUGCGCUUAUGAUAUAUAGUAAUGCGAAUGUCGUGUGUAUAAUAAAUCUUCAGUGAUCUCGUUUAACUUGUUAAUUUUCGAUACAAACCGUUAAUGUAUUUGCCAUAAAACCUAUUCUUAUAUACGCGUGGAUGAUUCGUUAACUUUCACGGGUCGUGUUAAUCGGCCGAUCGAAUACUUUCGUGUAUCAUUGUAACCACUACGUAGCCGAUCUAAAGUAUCUUGCAAUAACCGAAUAGUCUGCAACUAACGUUUAUUUGCAUUUGUGUACUGGUAAAUUCUGGACGGGUUCCGAAAUCAUGUAAAUAACAAUAUUUAUCCACUAGAAGAGCACGUAUCUCCAAUGUAACAGUAAUAAAAACCGUUAUAUCAAUGAAUUUGUUGAAUUGUUGUUGCGUGUAUCGAUCACAUUAUGUAACAACAUGCUCAUACUGUACCAUAAAUAAGAAAUUUCUAUUUUGCUCGAUUAUUAGAUUUUUUCCAAUAGUUCGAUCGAUUAUUUAGGAACAAGCCGAUAACCGAUGAUUUAUUAUGAAAUUGCAUAAUCCCCCGGCACUAUACGCGAUCACCCCUCGGCCACGCCCAUAAACCAUCGCAUGCGUUCGCGUACGGCCGUAUAUUAUGUUAUUGUCGGACGUUAAACCGAACGCGAGAUGAUAUUGUACACACGCUAAUAUAAUAAUAUGACGAUACGACAAGGCAGGGGCGCGGUUUCAGAUUUUCAAUAGGGGUCCGAUCACUUAAUAAUAAGCGAACCACUUUUUUUUUUCCAUCGCCGGGGGAUUUGCAGUACGAUAAAAAGGUUAAAAAGCAAGGCUAAUAAAAAAUCAUUGUCACAUCGUCACUAUGAUAAUCUCUAUGUGAUGUUAAAACCAUUUAUUAUUAAAAUUGACUUUUCAACAUUUGCACUCCUAUAUAGCUUGCAUAUAAUUUCCAUAAUUUUCGAGUGGGAAAAUAUUGAUAUACGUAGUCGACACAUCAAUGAUGUUGCUCAAUGAUUGUUUUGCAUAUCCGGGCUACAGGGAAAUUAAGUCACCCGAAAAUGACGUAUCGCUCCUAUAAUAGCGUCGUUAUUAUAGGGGCAGACUAUGUGGGAAAAGUGACUGGUUUUUCUACAAGGAUAUUUGGAGAAUUAAAACAACACGCGUUUUUUUGUUAUAAAAAUUAAUUUUGUCUAAGAAGAUAGAUGGCAUAGGUACAUUAUAUGGUUUAUAGUCGCUUAUACCUGCCCAGUGCCCAGGUUCUUUUAAUGAUGAUUUUUCAAAUUCCUAACUAAUAAUACGUCUGUUAGCACAGUUUUUUUUUUUCUGAAUGUUGUCAUAUCGAAUUUUAAAGAUCACAAAAAUUAAACAACUGGAGUCCGCUCUACAAUCAUAUAUACGUGCAUACAGUGUCGUAACUAUCUAGGGGGAGGGGGCAAUAUAAUAUAUUUACUAUUAUCAAAACCCUGAUACCCCUCCCUCCCGGUUAAAAUAUAUACCUUUAUCCCUUCAAAAAAUUGUCAGGGGGCAAGUGCCCCCUUCCCCCCACAAUCACGCCACUGCAUGCAUAGUAAGUGUAUUAACCAUUUUUUGAGAACAAAAAGUUUUAAGAUUUUCGAUUGUUAAGAAUAUAUGAAUAUAUUUAUAUAUCAUAUUAUAGUAUAUUAGUCUAUAAUCUAUUUAAACGUCUUUUGAGAUGGCUUUUACAAUAUGGGGUUUUCGUCUUUACAGUUAGCUUCUUUCAGUUAUUUCAAAUUUAAUUUUCAAAACAUUAAGUUGAUCAAACUGCCCAUAUAAAAUGUGUAUAAAAUAUACUGUUAUAUAACUUAUAAAAUAAUUUUUCAUAAUAUUUGUAUGGAAUUAUUUUAUGAUUGUGUAUUUUUAUUUUUUAACUUACAAAACUAUAUCGAUGUUUGUAGGUCGGAUUCUAAAUCUUAAUGAACAACAUUCGAUGAAACAAUUUUUUUCAAUUUGUUUGUGUUUUAUUAUUAUAACUGCUUCUACUACUACUAUUAUUAUUAUUAUUAUUAUUAUUAUUAUUAUUAUUAUUACUAUUAUUAUUAUUAUUAUUAUUAUUAUAUACAUGUACAUAUUAUAUACGGUGUGAAUUUGGGGAGCGAUAACUUUUUUUUUAUUCUGAAGGGCUUGUUCCCCCUCCAUAAAGCCAAAUCUUAUAUCCGCCAAAACCCCACGCUCUCCAAAACAGCGCCCCUGCAACAAACUCACAGCCCUAUUAUCGAAAAAUACCAGAUGUGAUGUGUAACGCGUAAUCUUUUCAAAAACAAAAAAAACCAUCAGACCCAUGAACCCGUUGAGUUUUUCCUUCUCGUAUACCCGUGUUUACUUUUUAUUCUUUCAUCACCUUUACAAUAAUAUUUUAUAUAUUUUUUAAACUGUGUUCAAAACCGCACAUUUAAUUCUAUACUUACCAAAAUAUAAAUCGCUUCUAUUAAUUCUGAAAUUUUCAAACAAUCUUCGAUUCAAAAUCGAAUGUUUGUUUGUGUCAUACAUUUUUUACUUACAAUAGCAUUUGAAAUAAUUAUACAAGGAACAUAACAAAUAAUUUUUUUUUAAAUCAUCAUAUCAUCAUCAUUAUGCGAACAAACAUUAUUCUACCUUAUUAGGAACUCGGUCAGUGUUGUGAAUUUGUGAUUAUAUAGGACUAAAAUGAACUCUGGUUGGAUAUAUUAUUAUUGUAUAUUAUAUUAAGUUGCACUCAGUAAUAAAAUAGUCAUACUUAUGACUUCGUUAAAAAAAAUCUACGUUUUUGAAUGAAUCAAUAAAAGUACAUAUUUCCAUUCUUCAGUUACAUUUAAACAAUCUAAAAAACUUGGUAGUAGUUACGCAAUGUUUUUAUUUAUAAGUUUAAAAUCGAAUUUCCAAACCACCGUUUAAAAUCUCUUAUUAUAUAGAAUAUAAUUUUUCGUUUUAAAUAAAUAAAAAAAAAAACAAUUAUAAAAUAAAAAAUUCAGUGGUGGAUUUGUGCGCACCCACUCCAUUAGACCUGCGUGCUCGCCUGUUAUUAAUGACGAUUGCGCAAGGGUGGUAUUGUUUAUUACCUACUCGACAUUAUCAUGUAAAUAUUAUAUUUGAGAAAAAAAUGAAAAAAAAAAAUGUUUGUUUAUGUAUAAAAAAAAUGUUGUGUACAUUUCUCCAUACAUAGGUAUAUAUUAUUAUUAUAUAAAUAUUGUAUUAUUAAGCGAACGGUAAUGAAAUUUUUUUUUUUUAGUUUAUUAUAAAAACAUAAAUUUUAGAUAAUUAUUGCAAGUUGUAUAAUAUUCUUAUAUCGAAAACAAUAUAAUAUAAAUGUGUAUAAAAUAUGUGUACGUUAGAAUCGGUCUUUCUUUUUCAAAGACACGAACUGUGUUCCAAAUUUUGUUUUUUUUUUUCGCAAUUAGUUUCAUCGUAUAACCUUAUAUUACAAUACACUAUAUCUAUAUAUUAUAUAUAAAUAUCAUAUUAUAUUGUACAUUAUUACGGUUAAGAAUCAAUAAACUAUGCAAAUUAUUUUAUAGUGUAAAAUAAAAACUCAAUCUACCGUA